UUAACAUCUAAAAUUUUAAUUAAAUUAAUUAAAAAAAAGGCUAAUUAAAUAUACCAUCUAUUAAAAUGUCAGACACAAAAGCAACAGCAACUUUAAAAAAAUUUGAUAUUUUCGCUCUUCCUUUUUAGUUUACAUUUAGAAAUAAUGAAAAAGAAAAAAAAACAACUAUUGGAGGUCUGAUUUCCAUGUCAAUUUUAAUUGUUUCUUCUGUAUAUUUUGGGUAUCUUUGCUAUCUAUAUUUUUAAAAUUAGGUUUAGCCAUAAGUAGUUUCUUCUAGCAGCUUUUAAAAAAAUUCAUACGAUAUGCAGUUCUAAGAGAGUUUUAUAGCGGUUCAAGUUUUAAUGCCAAAUGGUUAAAAUCUCUAUGAUUUUUAAUAGCAAACAGGUAAAGUUUACUUAAAUCUUAUUUUACUUAGUACAAAGACAGGCAUGAAUGGUUAAUUUUUACCUCAACCACUAAUUCCAUGCAAAGAUAACAGUCUAUAGGGAUAUUUGUGUUUAGAUUCUAGUAAGGUUGGAGUUGGAGAUAAUCUUUUUUCCCUUACAUACAAUCCUGAUAAUUUAGAAUAAAAUUAAUAUUCUAUAAUUUUCGGUAUUUGUAAUCCUAGCCUGAUAUAGAGUCCUUAUAUUUGUGAAGAUGAACAAGUAAUAAGGAAAAAUAUAAUAUCAUAUUCUACAUAAAUAACAGUAAGAGUAAGUUUACAUUAAUAUAACACUAAGACGAAGUAGUUGGAAUAAAGAGUCAAAAAAGAGUUAUUCUACUUUGAUCCUAAUUUAGCUUUUUAUACAAAACUCCACCUCGAAAUAACAGAUCUUACUUAGCAGUAGGGAUUUAUAAUUUAAAAUUCUGAAUAUAGCACAUACUUUUCAGGCUAUACUCGUAGAGAUAUAUAUUGUACAUAAAAAUUCAUUAAAGAUUAGUUUUAAAUGAAUAUUUUAGGCGCUCUGGAGUUUUUCAUAGGCUCAGAGAGUAUAAAUUUAAACAUUUAGUACCCUUAAUUUACUUAUCUUUUAGCUUAGUUCACAAGUGUUUUUAAUUCUUUGUUGUUCCUGGGAAUUAUAAGCAAGUUUUUUGCUGAAUCAGAAAUUUUCUUAGAAGUUGCAGAAAUGUAACUCAAAGUUUAUUUCAAGAAAUCAGCAAUAUUUCUUUUAAAAUAACUUGGUAAAGGAGAGAUUGUUUAAAGAGAAUAAUAGCAAGGUUUAGGAAACCUUUUAAAUUAUAUUAAAAAUACAGACUUUAAAGAGUUAGGAAAAAAGAUGAAGGUUAGUCUUAUAACAAAGAUUAAGUAUAUAUUCAUGAGUAAUGUAAAAAAUGAGAAAGUAGAAACAAUUUAAGUGAAAAUGUUUAAACAAAUAGCUGAUUAAUCUAGUAAAGCUUUGAACAUAUUCGAAAUAUAAAAAGAGCUGCUACAAAUGAAGAUCAUGAUGAGAUUAUUCUUUUCAGUUGAAUAGUAUGCUGCAAUUCAACUAUGUGGAAGUAAACUACCUAUUUACAAUGAAAUAAAAACUGAAUAAGACUAAGAAAUUAUACAAGAUUUUAUUGAUGAAAAUAGUUAAAAAUCAAACAAGAUAGAUUAAUAAAUAGAAAAGAGUAUUGAAAGUAAAGAAGAUAAAUAGAAGUUUUAAGAAUAAAGCUAAAAUAAUGUCAUAUCAUUUAACAGAGAAAGAUUAAACUCAGUCGGAAAAUACAAUGCUACAGUUUAUCCUCUUAGGAUAGAAUAAUAACUAUUUGAUCAAAAAAACGUGGAAAAUCAUACUGAAUUCAUCAGUCAUUUAGAAAAAAUUGAUAUGAUUGAAAGAGAUGAGAAAUUUUUUAAGGAUUGUUUGGAAAAAUUUUUAAAGAAUAAAUCACAAUCUUAAUCUGAAAUUGAUAGACGAAUUCUAGAGUGUAUGAUUGGAUUAGAUGAUACGAAAUCUAUUUAUUGAUAUUUAAUGUUAAUAUACUAUACUAAAUGUUUACCAAAAAAUAUAUCUUUAGAUGUGUAAAAUAAAUAAUUUAAAAAUUAUUAAUUCAAAUAAGAGGAAAAUAUAUAAUAAUAGUUUUU